UUCACGAGGGCUGAGGGCAAGGAAAUUGCGUGCGACGUUAUCUUACACGAGUUGUGCAGGGUGAGGGUGACUGGCAUGCACUACGAGGCACGUGUCCAGUGCGUCCGCGACUGGCACGCCGAGCGCAAAGUUUGGAUGAGUAAGGCUGAUUGUCGGGAUACGCUCAUGGCACCGUGGCAGUACCUGCAGAACCCUCCUCAGUACGUCGGGGAAGACAAGGCGUGCUUUCUUGCGAUGGUCAUAUGGUGGACAUCCCUCGAGUACGCCCGGAAGCACGAGGAGGGCAAGCAGAAGCGUUUAGAGAUGGGAGGUGGAUCACAUGUCCUGGGCAGCAAGAACUUGGCCCUUACCUUGCAGCAAGAGGUGAGCAAAUGGUUUCUUCAUUCUUUCGUUUCAUGUUAUUGUUAGCCC